CGCGUCACGUGACUUGCACGUUCCCUGAUUCGGUCACCGUACUUGUCUGCUGCCUUCCUCUGUUCCUGUCCUCUUGUACUCUUCAAAAGACAAGGCAUGAGUAUUCCUCAGCAUACGUCAGGAACCAUAGAACAUGCGUCUACGUCCCCUCAAAAACCUGAAGGUGACAAGGACCCGCACCAAGCCCACCAAUCACAGGAGUAUCAGAUGCCGCACUUCUCCGUUUGUUUCUGCUGUUCGAUGGCCCUCACGAACGCCAUUACCAUCACCAUAGUUGUGUCUCUCAUUUUCACCGUCUUCCACUGCACCUACGAUGCCCACGGCGCGACAUCGUCGUACACCAUGUGCACGUCCACCCUUUGCAAGGAUUAUUCCCGAGGAAUCCUCGCCUCGCUGAACCAGCUGAGAGGACCGUGCGAGAACUUCUUCAAAUAUGUCUGCGACGGCUGGAGAGCAAAGCACCGGGAUACCGAUGUCUUGGAGCAGCUGCUCAUACGUGCCAUGCACGCUAUCCUGAACAUGUCUCAGGACGCCGAAUCCUUAAAAGGUCAGCCCCCGUCAGUGAAUGCAACUGCUCUUCUUCUUAACCGAUGCGUUGACGUUGGACGACAAGGGCUUAAUCACAUGAAGGAGCUAAGCCAGAUCAUUUCCGAUAGUGGGUUAUCUUGGCCUGAAAAACAGACUGCGAACGUUGACGUUUUGGAUGUUCUGGUGUACUGGUCCCUGGUGUACCAAGUGCAAUGCUGGUUCACGCUGGACUUGAUAUACAGUCCAGGCGGAAGAGCGGUAGUCACCGUCACAAUGACACAAGGCAAUUCAAACGACGGUACGAGCCUCGGUGCCUGGGAGGAAAUACGGCAGGAUUUGAUACGAAGAGGAACGUAUGAACAAUACGUUCUAAUGUUUCUCCAACAGUCUGGAUUCCAAGGCGAUGUGUCGAGGCAGCGUGCUCAAGCACAGGAUAUUAUUAAAGUUGAAGCGAGUACAGUGAACGACCUGCUCAGAAAACUGCCUCAGUCUGUGCCGUCCAAGGCAAUCGAGGAUAACUGGCAAGCAGCUAUACGUGAGCGCCUGAGGAGCGUCUUGGGCAACGAAACGCCUGAAUUAAGAAUCCAAUUUGUGCCUGAGUACCAGAACAAUAUCGACCUCCUUAUGUCGCAGCAAGAUCGCAAUACAGAUGUCGCUUAUGUAAUCAGCUGGAUAGUAGUGCGGUCUUUAGGCCCAUUCUUCGGUGCCAACCUCGGCUCCGAAGUCUCCUACGAAGAACACGCGAGGCGUUGUAUCGGCGCUGUUAGUUACAUAACUGGUCCGAACCUCGCGCAUCUUUACGGUUCCAGCAUACUUACUGUCGACUCGCAACUCCAGCUGUACCGCAUGUUCUACAGAGUUCGCGAAGGAAUAUUCCGUCAAGUCAACCGUAGCAACUGGCUGGACAGCGACACGAGGAUUAAAGCCAUGAAUCGUCUUCAGCGCAUCGUUUUCACACAACCGGUGCCGCCGGCCGCUUUUCUUCUAGCCAUGUAUAACAGUUUUAACCUGAGCGAGGACGCUAGCUUCCCAUCUGCGCUGAAGAUUGCGGUAGAGUCAACACGUAAGGCCGCAUGGGGGCCGAAGAGAUCACUGGUGAUGGACGAUCAAGUGGUCGCGAACGCUCGCUUCAUUCCCCGGACGCUGGAAGUGUCCCUCGGGCUCGCCCUUUUCCAACUUCCGCUUUAUGAUCCUGACAUGCCUAUGGCAGUCCUGUACCCUACUAUAGGCCAUGUUCUAGCGCACGAGAUCAUGCAUGCUUUCGAUGCCCGGUGGCACGUGUAUAAUGAGUUUGCGGAGCUCGAAUCUUGGUGGAGUCCAGGGGCCUACAAGACGUACCUCGAGAAGACCGCUUGCAUUCGUUCAAAGCAUCGGAACUACCACAGGGUCUUCGGCCGCCAGCUGUUGCCGGGGUACGAUCCAGAGAGGUUCGCCGACCUGACAGGCUUGUCUGCUGUGCUGGCUGCGUCUCAUGAACAGACGCCGGACGUGAGAUUGCCCGGAAUGGAACGCUUCAGCCGCGACAUGCAAUUUUUCAUAGCCUAUUGUUACGCACACUGCUCCAGCAGGGCUACACCUCCGGACAGCGUGCACGCACCUGCAGAGGAGCGCUGUAAUGUCCCUUUAAUGAAUCUGCAAGCGUUCUCUGACGCCUUCUCUUGUGCCAAGGAAGAUCCGAUGAAUCCCGAAGAAAAGUGUACAUUCUGGUAAUAGCUAUGUAGUAUUGUUGAAACUGUCAAAAA